GUUACUAUUGAACCAUGUCUUGAACCGAGUGUUUAUGAAUAUACACUCGAUGGUGAAAAAAUUAAAUCAACUCAAUCAAUGUCUGAUCAUUUUACAAAAAUUCUUAGUCGUAUGGAAUUAAAUGAUUUAUGUUCAGAAGAUUCAAUUGAAAAUUCUAAUGAAGAUGAACGUCGAAUAACAAAUGGAGGAAAAAAUGCAUUUGGAACAUUUCUUGAACAAAUGAGACAAGCUAAUAUUGAAAUAUGUGCAUUACAUGAUAUUCUAACAUUAGUUAUGAGUCGUCGUUAUUUUAAUUUAUUUUCAAAUGUUGCUGAUAUAGAAGAAAAUUUAAAUACAGGAAAUGCUCGACAACAACGUGAUUUAUUAAUUCGACAAAGUCAAGAUAUAAUACAUAAAUCAUGGAUAUCAAAACGUACAAGUGCACGACAAGCAGCUGAUGUUUUAUUAUCAUCAUAUGAACGUUUUAUGAAAAUAAUUAAUACAACAAGUGGAAAUUUAGAAAAUUUUCAUGUACAAUUAUCAAAUUUAAGACAACGUUGGAAAAUAAGAAAACAAACAAAUACAAAUAAAUAUCUAGGAGAUUUGUCAUUUCGAUCAGCUGGUUCAUUUUAUCCAUUUAAAAUGCAAUUUGAAGUAACAAAAGCUGAUAGUCAUAAACGUACACAUAAUAAUUCUAUUGAUGUUAUUAUACCAGAAGAAUUACAAGUUCGUGUUAUAUUAAAAAUUGAUAUUGAAACAAAAGAUGGACAAAUUUUACUUCGUACAUAUUCAACAAUGAUGGCUAAUGAUACUAUAAUGAAUAUCAAUGAUAAUAGUUAUGAUUCAAUAUUAGAAAAUGCUCAACGUACAGUUUUUUUAAAAGAACUUUUUUCACAACUUUGUCGAGAAGCAUCGGAUAUUACAAAUAUAAUUCAACCAACAGUUAUGAGAAAUUCAAUUAAAUGUUGGAUUCUUUCCGAUGUAAUGAUGACAAUAAGUCUUUUACGUACAAGUGAAUUUGAUCCAAGUAUUCAAACAGAAUCAACACUUUACGGUGCACAUAUUGGUUUAUUAGAAUAUUCUUUAUGUGCUUUAUUACGUCAACAAUUUCUUCGUAAUUUUCAUUAUUCACAAUUAAAACCUAGUACACUUAUGUUAGGCGUACCUGCAUUAAGACGUAUUGCUGGUGUUAAUGCUUUUAAUUAUAAUCAAUUAAAAUCUAUAAGUGAAAAUAAAUCAAUUUUACAAACAAUUAUUGAACUUGCUCAACAUCAAGUUAUUCGUGCUCGAAUAUUAAAUUUAUUAAAUAAUUUAGCAACAAAUUGUGAUAUAAAUAUGACUGUGAAUAUAAGUGCUUUUAGUUCAACAACAUCAACAUAUGGACGUGUUCAUUUAAUAGCACCUGGUUAUGAUGUUUUAUGUCGUUGGUCUUAUAUGUUUCAAAUAGAAGAAUGUCAAGUUAAAAUUCAAUAUAAAUCUCAUUUAGUCGAAUUUCAACAUCAUGUUGAAGAAGUUCAAAGAUUUUUUAUUAAUCAAAUCGCUUGUUUUAAAUUUACAAUUGCUUGUACAUUAGCAAAAAUUUUUGGUUGGUUAGUUGUUGGUAGUACAAUGGCACCAACUGUUGGUAGAUUAAGUGAAAUUCAAUUUAGUGCUCAACUUGAUCAUCCACAAAUACCUACAUCAAUUGGAAUACGUAUUGGUGAUGAUUUACAAUUACAAGUAGCUGUACGAAAACGUCAUGAACGUAAUGAUGAUACACGUAUGGAUGAUGAUUCCAAUGAACGAAUAGGAGGAGGAACAAAAGGAAUUAAAUAUGAUUCAAUUAAUUUAGAUGAUUAUUAUGGUAUAUCAACAUUACAAAAAUUUGAAAUGUUUAUUUCGAGUUUAUUGCAUCAUGAAAAACAGCAAUAG